AUGCCAGAGACGCUGUCACAAUAUGCCGUCGACCUUGUCCAGAAGGCUAUCGAUGGAAAGCUUGAUCCCGUUGUCGGCAGAGAUGAAGAAAUCCAAAGGACGAUUAGAGUUCUGUCAAGGAGGACUAAAAACAAUCCUGCACUUAUCGGAGAGCCUGGAGUGGGCAAGACAGCGAUUGUGGAGGGUCUUGCACAAAGGAUUGUAGCAGGCGAUGUGCCAAAAGUUUUGCAGAAAUGCAGGAUCAUGUGUCUUGAUAUGGGGUCUCUUAUUGCAGGAGCCAAAUAUCAGGGACAGUUUGAAGAACGCUUGAAGGAUAUUAUUUCAAAUUUUGCAAUCUUUUUUGCUGAUUUCUCUCGCAGGAUUAUUUUAUUCAUUGACGAAAUUCAUCUUGUCCUUGGCGCCGGAAGAUCUAGCGACGGCGGAAUGGACGCAGCGAAUUUGCUUAAACCCAUGCUUGCAAGAGGAGAGUUGAGGUGUAUUGGAACAACCACGUUGGCAGAAUACCGGAAAUACAUCGAGAGAGAUUCUGCUUUCGAAAGAAGGUUUCAGCAAGUGUUGGUUGGAGAACCGUCGCUUGCCGAUAGCGUGAGCAUUCUUCGCGGCAUCAAGUCGCGAUAUGAAGAGUACCAUGGAGUCAGAAUUGCUGAUUCAGCUUUGGCGACGGCUGUCGAUCUGUCCAACAAGUAUAUCACUGGUCGUUUCUUGCCUGACAAGGCAAUUGACUUGAUGGACGAAGCUUGUGCCAAUGUGAGAGUUCAGCUGGACUCUCAACCUGAGGUGAUGGACCAGCUGAUUCGAAAAAUCAAGCGUCUCGACCUGGAGGCAGCAAUGUUGGAAAAAGAAGAUGACGCACAGAGUAGGGUCAGACUUGGCGAGGUUCUGUCGGCUCGUGUACAAGCCCUUGAAGAGGAGGCCACGUUGCGAAUCAGAGUGCAGGUGCAGAAGGAAAGAAUUCAGAGGCUCUCGUUCUUGAAAAAGGAGAUUGAGAAUGCCAAGAAACACAUCAAGAUGUACGAACACGCGGGAUUGUCAAACCAGGAAGACCAUCUGAAGAGGAUCUCUGAAAUCAAAUUCUCUGAGCUUCCUAGCCUAGAAUCUGAGUAUGAGACGCUCGUGAAACAGAACGAAGGCGAGCAGUCCCUCUUCAUCGAAGUUGUAACGCCGGAACAAAUUGCUGAGGUUGUCAGCCGGUGGACUGGAAUUCCUGUACAUAGAUUAACGCAAUCAGAAAAGGACAAGAUAUUGGGCCUGCCUGAUAGGUUGAAGGCGAUGGUGAUUGGUCAGGAGAAGCCUGUAGAGGCCAUUGCAAACGCAAUCAUUAGGAGCAGAGCAGGGCUCGGAAAUUCUGAAAGACCCACGGGCUGUUUCCUCAUGCUCGGCCCGUCCGGAGUUGGCAAGACUGAGACUGCGAGGGCCCUCGCGCGUGAACUGUUCAACGACGAGAAAAUGAUGGUGAGGAUUGACAUGUCAGAGUUCCUUGAAGCCCACUCGGUCUAUCGUCUGAUAGGAGCUCCUCCUGGCUACGUCGGAUAUGACCAGGGAGGGCAACUGACUGAGUCCGUAAGGAGGAGACCCUACACUGUCAUCCUCUGUGAUGAGGUAGAGAAGGCGCACCCGCAGGUGUGGAACAUUCUGCUCCAGGUCAUGGACGACGGGAGAUUGACGGACGGGCAAGGAAGGCUUGUCAACUUCAAGAAUGCUGUAGUGAUUCUUACCAGCAACGUCGGAGCUCAAGAACUGCUAGAGGGAAUGCAACCUGAAGGGAUCCCACCCAAAGUUCACAACCUUGUGCUCGACAAACUCAAGAAAGUCUUUCCACCAGAAUUUCUCAACCGCCUUGACGAAGUGGCGCUCUAUGAACCACUGACGAUGGACAAGAUGGCCAACAUCCUGAGGCUACAAAUGGCCAAGUACAAUGAAGUCUUCGCUUCCAAGAGGAUGGAGGUAUCGAUCGACGACGCGGCUUCAGAUUUCAUCGUCAAGCGCUCUUAUGUGCCGUCUCUUGGGGCUCGCCCGCUGAAGCGAGUGGUGGAGCGGUGGAUCAUGACCUCGCUCUCAAAGUUGUUGUUCCAAGGCGUCAUCACAGAAAACUCCAAGACGACCAUCACGGCUGUAGAUGGCAGGCUCGGAUAUCGCGUUGUGAAUGCUACGGGAGGGAUCUCACUACACCUUGAAUCCAACUCCAGCACGGACUGGUCUGAUUCGCAAUAAGUUCUAUCUGAUUCGCAAUAUGUUCUAUCAGGACACAGCAGGGCUGCUGCUCAGUCGUAAUGUAACUCUGCACAUGCGCCCUGCCAGAUUUUUUCAAUGAAGUCAAACAGGAAGAGUAG